AUCCAGAGGCAGAGAAGCAGCAGCUCCAUCAGGGACCAGCAGUCCAGCCUCCUCUGCACACUGUCCAGGAGCAGCCAGCACCCAGCCGUAGGCACCCACACCCGACCCUGGGCCUGAAAGAACGAGCAGCCCAUUGCCCCAUUGCUCACUGCUGAGAGAGAGAAAGCAAAAAGGCAAGACAGAAGAACGCCAUCUUUACAUUAAGGGAUCUUGGAGGGAGCACAGGCGACUGCAUUUUAUUUAACCCCCUCCUCAUAACAGACCCCCCACACCAAGAAGAAGGAGGAGGAGGAAAGACCUGCAGGAUUUAUGCUCAGGAAAUCUGUAUUUCUAAUGCUAAUAAUAAGGGCAGUUUUUAUAUAUUAUUCCCGGUGAUUACACUCAUUGGAUUUUCUUUUUCUAUAAAUUUUUUGCUUUUUCUUCACCCCCCCACUGGCCACAUAUGCCAUCUGCCUUUAUAUUUUUUAUUAUGCUGAUAUUUUGAUGUCUUUGGGGCAUUUUGUGUCCAAUCCAGGGUAAAUAUUGAGCACUGCCUAGAUUUUCAAGUGAUUUAUUUUUUUUUUCACUGGAAUAUAUUGCCUGGAGACAUGGCCCUGUGAGAAAAAGCUGAGCUGCUGCCAUAUUCAUCCAGCCUUAUUUCGGGGGUGUAGAUUGUGGGUGCUGGGUUGAUCUGUCAUUAGGUUUUAUUCAUUUUGAAGUCGGAUUUUAUGAUGCACAAACAUCAUCAUUGCUGCAAGUGCCCUGAGUGUUACGAGGCGUCUCGCAUGUCUGCUCUGCGCAGGAUGGAACCCCCAACAUAUGGAGAGUGGCAGCAUGAGCAGUAUGGGGGUGGCUAUGGAGGUUACAGCUCUCAGACCCUCCCGUCACAACCUGCUGUCACCCCGACGGCUCGUGGAAAAGCAAAGCUUGUUCCAGCCACACGUGAAAACCUCACCCCAACCUUGAAAGGGCCCCCCAAAAGUGCCACCCCAAAAAUGAAUGGCAACAGUCCCAACUGGUGGCCAGAGUGUACGUGCACCAAUCGAGACUGGUAUGAACAGGCUGGUGCUGCACCUAUGCUGGUGAACGCAGACUGUCUGGACCCAGGUUCUUCGGUAAAUGGUAAUGAUGCUUUAUAUAAAUAUGAAGAGAUUGUAUUGGAGAGGGGAAACUCAGGAUUGGGAUUUAGUAUUGCUGGUGGAAUUGAUAAUCCGCAUGUUCCCGAUGAUCCUGGAAUAUUCAUCACAAAGAUCAUCCCUGGAGGAGCUGCAGCAAUGGAUGGGAGGCUUAUGGUGACUGAUUGUGUCCUGCGAGUCAAUGAUGUAGAUGUAACUGAGGUGGUGCACAGUAAGGCAGUGGAAGCUCUGAAAGAGGCUGGUCCUGUAGUGAGAUUGCUGGUUCGACGAAGGCAAAGUCCACCUGAGACUAUUGUGGAGGUUAAUCUACUGAAAGGACCUAAAGGGCUAGGGUUCAGUAUUGCUGGAGGCAUUGGUAACCAGCACAUUCCAGGGGACAACAGUAUCUAUAUCACAAAAAUCAUUGAAGGGGGAGCUGCACAGAAAGAUGGAAGACUACAGAUUGGUGACAGACUUUUAGCUGUGAAUAAUACCAACCUGCAGGAUGUCAGACACGAGGAAGCUGUGGCUGCACUAAAGAACACCUCUGACAUGGUUUAUCUCAAAGUAGCUAAGCCCGGCCCUGUUCAUCUCAAUGAGAUUUAUGCUCCCCCUGACUAUGCUAGCACUUUCACUGUUGAUAAUCACAUAAGCCAUAACUCCACUCUGGGAGGAUACCUGAGUAGUGUGGAAAGCAAAUCUCCUUAUCAGCCCCCACAAGUCACCCCAUCUAGAUAUUCUCCUGUUCCUCGACACAUGCUUGGAGAAGAAGACUUUACCAGGGAACCACGCAAGAUCAUUCUCCAUAAAGGUUCAACAGGACUGGGCUUUAACAUUGUUGGUGGAGAAGAUGGAGAAGGAAUCUUUGUAUCAUUUAUUCUUGCUGGAGGACCAGCGGACCUUAGUGGAGAGCUGCGUCGUGGGGAUCGCAUCCUCUCUGUUAAUGGUGUGAAUCUACGCAGUGCAACACAUGAGCAAGCGGCUGCUGCACUAAAACGGGCAGGACAAACAGUCACAAUUGUAGCACAAUAUCGACCUGAAGAGUAUAGUAGAUUUGAGUCAAAGAUCCAUGACUUGCGAGAACAAAUGAUGAACAGCAGUAUGAGCUCUGGAUCCGGGUCCCUUCGUACCAGUGAGAAAAGGUCACUUUAUGUCAGGGCCUUGUUUGACUAUGAUCGAUCUCGGGACAGCUGCUUGCCAAGCCAGGGGCUAAGUUUCUCUUAUGGAGAUAUUUUACAUGUUAUCAAUGCCUCUGAUGACGAAUGGUGGCAGGCUAGGCUUGUCACACCCCAUGGCGAAAGUGAACAAAUUGGCGUGAUUCCCAGCAAAAAAAGGGUUGAGAAAAAAGAGAGAGCACGGCUGAAAACAGUCAAGUUUCAUGGGCGUUCUGGUAUGGAGACAAACAGAUCCAUCAAAUCAAAGCGCAAAAAGAGUUUCAGACUGUCCCGCAAGUUUCCAUUUUACAAGAGCCUUGUUCAAGAGUCUGGGAAUGCACAGGCUGUGACAUCAAAUACCAGUGACAGCGAGAGCAGCUCCAAGGGGCAAGAAGACACUAUACUUUCAUAUGAGCCUGUGACACGACAAGAAAUCCAUUACACAAGACCAGUCAUUAUAUUGGGUCCACUGAAAGACAGAGUUAAUGAUGACCUGAUUUCAGAAUUUCCUCACAAAUUUGGCUCUUGCGUCCCACAUACAACAAGACCUAGAAGAGAGACAGAAAUUGAUGGUCAAGACUAUCAUUUUGUUUCAUCCCGGGAACAGAUGGAAAAAGACAUUCAGGAAAAUAAAUUUAUAGAGGCUGGACAGUUUAAUGACAACCUGUAUGGGACUAGUAUUCAGUCUGUACGAGCAGUGGCUGAAAGGGGAAAGCACUGCAUUCUUGAUGUUUCUGGAAAUGCUAUAAAACGACUGCAACAAGCACAACUCUUCCCCAUCGCUAUUUUUAUUAAACCAAAAUCGGUAGAAGCACUCAUGGAAAUGAAUCGAAGGCAAACAUUUGAACAAGCUCACAAGAUGUUUGAUAAAGCCACCAAACUGGAACAAGAGUUUGGCGAAUUUUUCACAGCCAUUGUACAAGGAGAGUCAUUGGAAGAGAUUUAUAACAAGAUCAAGCAGAUAAUUGAGGAUCAUUCUGGACAUCACAUUUGGGUGCCAUCACCUGAAAAACUCUAAAUCUUCUACUGGACUGCUGUUAUCUAUCUACAAGCCACUGAUACCCAUACCCCUAGGGAAAUGGAGUGGGGUUCAAUGUGCAUCUGCCAUCAAACACAGAAACAUGUUGCCUCAGAGCCCAUUGGACUCUUGGAAUCUGAAACUUGAGUUUAGUUACACUGACCAUUUGGGGAAUAUUUUGGGGUCAGCAAGGAAAUCCUGUCCUUACUUGACUGGGGAAAAAAACAGACUUAAACACUUAGGUUAUAAAAUGAAAUAAAGAAAAAAGAAAGAACAGAAGACGUCAAGUCCUCCCAUCUACAAAUCACCAACCCUUUUUCCGGAAGGCCCCCAUCCCUGCUGGAUUGGAAGAAGGCAUAUUUAUAUACAUACAUAUAUAUAUAUAUAUAAUGUGUGUGUGCGUGUGUGUGUAUAUAUAAUUUAUAUAUGAUUAUAUAUAUAUAUUAUAUAUAUUUUGGCUGUGAUGGGAUAUUUGUCCCGGCUAUUCUAUUGUUUGUAAUGAGGUUUUUUUUUUAAGUUCUCUUUUCUGUGAUUAACAGAGCUUUAGGCUCUGUUCUGGUACUAUAUGGUCUACCCACUCUGGCUUCAAGCCCUAGGUCUGGGUGAAUGGUACUUGUAAAUCUCCUUUUUAUGUGGUUGAUCCAGGUGGCACCAAUUAUACAAUGUUCAGCGCAGGCUCGAGCUGACUUUAUGCAGUUUGUCAAGAUUGAAAGUUUUUUUUCCUAAUGCACAUUCUUGUUAAUCUCAUCUCAUAGAAAACUGACAGUGCACAUUAAGAUAUAUUUUUUUCAUUUUAAAAUCUAAGAACGUGCAUAUGAUUUAACUAAUGUGUGAGCCAAAUGAAAGCUUUUAAAAAUAAGUGGUUUUUUAAAGUAACUUCUCUGACAAGCUAUAAUCAGAUGGGGCCUGAUCACCUAGUUUCUCUCUAUACCUCCUCCAGCCUCCCUUGCUGCAAUACUGUACUGCAGGCUUUUUUUGUAUAGGAUUUAAAAUACAACACUUUUUAUUUAUUUAUUUUUUAUUUGCUUUUAUAAAUUACAAACUGAAUAAAGGAUAAGGAUUGUCAGCAAAUAGGGGUGAGCACUGCAUAUAAAAGAGGUUUUUGAAUUUUUUUUAAUUUUUUUUCAAAUAUUGGAUACAUUUUUGAGAGUUGCAAAUGUUUGUAUUAAGACAUGCAUGGAAACGCGAUCUCCUUUCUUGUAAUAUGAUUAAUCUAAGGAUCAGUGGUAACUUCGCUCCAGGGCUUUUGUUGCUAAAGUGUCCUGAGAAGUACCUGGUUUUGAAGAAGGGAAUGUGAGCAACAAGAGUCUGUCAGUGUGUGUUGUCACUUUUUUUUAUUUAUAAUUUUUUUUUAUUUUUUAUGGUAACUUCCAUUUUUUUAAUUAACGGGUAUUAAAUCCACUUGUUCCAUUUAUAUAAAGAUUUUGUUUUAGUCAUUUUAUUUAUCACAUUGAAUCAGUGGCAAAAAGUAAAGUUCUAAUGUUUUAGACCCCCUACACCUACAGACUUUGGUUGAAAUUUGCUUGCAGAUAAGAGAAUUAUACUAUUCUGCAGUAUUUAAAGGUCUGCUAAAUUACAGUAGAUUUUGGUUACAGCCCUGUACAGUAGACAUCGGUCAGCUUGGGGUGCAAACAAUGUGCUUGUAGUUCUUCUGCAGGCAGCACAUUACUCUGCUUCGGGGAAUUUUAUUCAUAGUGUUAAUUGUAUGUUAAAUCUUGGUGUCUAAACAUCCAGAACUUUUUCUUGGCCUUUAUUUGAAAAUGUCAUGUUUUAUUAGUGGAUAAGGAAAGAUUGUUUUUGUUUUUUGUAAUUUUUUUUUCCCUAAUUACAUUUGGUAUCAACUAUUGCUGUAUGUGAUGAGCUGCUUAAACUCUGAAGUGGUGAGCCAAAAAUUCUUCUUAAAGCUCAGUGUGCAAAUUAAAUGCUCAGGGUCUCUUUACAUGGACUGCAGGACUCUGACAACACUGACUCUUCUCCAUUGCCCACCUAUAUUGGAGAUACUGGUGCGCUGUAAACCAGCUGGCCUUUCUGGUUUGUCCUGCACUGUCCAGUGGGUUAAGUUGGGGUCAUUAACUCCUAGGGCUAUAUAUUGUUUGCUUACAAAUGAUGCUGGGUUAAUCAUGGUGUCUAAACGACUAUGGAAGUUGAAGCUUUAGGGUGGAUGAAACAAGCAGAAUGUGUAAAGUGGGAGGCUCCCCUGUAGCUUUAUUGGGGAUUUACAAAGCUUCUCUAUUUUUUAUUUUUAUUUUUUUCUUAAUCCACUUAUUUAAAUGUUGCCACCUGCUUGUUAUCCAACAGCAUGAAUGGGUUGUGAAGAAGGUAUGCCAUGGUACGAUUUGUAUAAUGGGAUUGAAAAUGGCAAGUGGGGUGGCUGGUACCAAUGCGUGAAACAGCCUUUUAUAUAAAUAUAUAUAUAUAUAAAUAUCUUUGUCCCUGCCUCUCCCCUCCCUAAUGUAAUUUUCAGCAGAACAAAAAAUUUAAUGGAAUCUGAUUGUUUUAAGAAAUGCUGAUAAACCCAGGAGGCACAUAUAUUUUUUAAUAAACGAAGUUG